UGGUAUUCGUCGGUAGUCAGACCACAGUAACAAAAAUAAAUAAACUACAAUAUUUACUAUCAGGUUUGUUUAUAAAUUGCGUGUUGUGUGUGCAUGUUAGUGGUCUAUCGUGUAGCAAAAACAAUUUAAAACUCAACCUCAGUACCAGGUACUAAAAAUAAGUGCCCGAUAAUUCGCGUGUUUGUCAUAAGGGUUUGUCGUUCGCGUUCUACGUGGGGAAACGUCAGUUUUACUGGUGGCUACGGUCGAUAAACGAGAGAAGAGCUCGCUGGGAUUCGCAAUUCACUCAGAUAAACUACAGAUAUUUUAAAAUACAUACGUCUAUAUAUUUUUUAAAUAUCAAACAACUAUGAGGCGAAAUGUUAAAAUUGUGCUCCUGCUUUCCUGUGCCUGGAUGUUUGUUUUCGUUUAUUACUACCACAGCUCCAGAGACAACAAGAAUGAAAACCGGGCACUGAGACUCAAAGAAUCAGCUCUGGGAUUGUCAAGCAGCGGAGCUGGAAGUUCUGGUUCGUAUGUUGAUGCUGAUGGUACCGCGAUGGUCAUGUCAUCAGAGAUACUGUCGCCUCCAACUCCGGAUCCACAAGUCACUUGGAAUUACUUUGACGAGCAGGGAUAUGUAUCAAGAGGCGGACUUAGAGCCGGCGAAGAUCCUUAUGCACGUAAUAAAUUUAAUCAAGAAGCUUCCGACGGUUUACCCAGUAAUCGCGAUAUUCCGGAUACACGCAGCGCCAUGUGUCGUCUAAAACAAUGGAGACGUGAUCUGCCACCUACUUCCGUAAUUAUAACUUUCCAUAACGAGGCAAGAUCAACAUUACUGCGAACUGUAGUCAGUGUCCUAAAUAGGAGCCCAGAGCAUCUUAUCAAAGAAAUAAUUCUCGUAGAUGAUUUUAGUGAUCACCCCGAAGACGGAGAAGAAUUAUCGAAAAUUCAUAAAGUGAGAGUGAUAAGAAAUGAAAAACGUGAAGGACUGAUGAGAUCGCGGGUACGUGGUGCUGACGCUGCGAUAGCCAGCGUACUGACGUUUCUCGACUCUCAUUGCGAGUGUAAUGCCGAUUGGCUCGAGCCAUUACUUGAAAGAGUUGCCGAAGAUCCUAGUCGUGUAGUCUGUCCAGUUAUUGAUGUAAUCAGCAUGGAUACCUUUCAAUAUAUCGGCGCAUCAGCAGAUUUGAGAGGCGGAUUUGAUUGGAGCUUAGUAUUCAAAUGGGAAUAUUUAAGUCAAACUGAAAGAACCGCCAGACAAAAAGACCCAACACAGGCGAUAAGGACACCGAUGAUUGCUGGGGGUUUGUUUGUUAUCGACAAAGCUUACUUUGAACAGCUGGGGAAAUAUGACACACAGAUGGAUGUUUGGGGUGGAGAAAAUUUAGAAAUAUCCUUCCGUGUAUGGCAGUGCGGUGGAAGUUUGGAGAUAAUACCUUGCUCGCGAGUCGGCCACGUAUUUCGCAAACGUCACCCGUACUCGUUUCCCGGCGGAAGUGGAAACGUGUUUGCCAGAAAUACCCGACGUGCCGCUGAAGUCUGGAUGGAUGACUAUAAGCACUUCUAUUACAACGCGGUCCCUCUUGCACGGAACAUACCCUACGGAAACAUCGCAGACAGACUCGAGUUGAAAAAAAAAUUGCAUUGCAAGCCAUUCAGUUGGUAUUUGAAAAAUGUUUAUCCAGAAUUAGUGAUACCGACUAGCGAAGGAGGUCCUGGUGGUUCACUAAAACAAGGACACUCUUGUCUCGAUAGCAUGGGACAUCUAUUAGAUGGUAACGUCGGUCUCUAUCCCUGUCAUGACACUGGCGGGAAUCAGGAAUGGAGUCUGACUAAAGACGGACUGAUAAAACACCACGAGCUGUGUCUGACUCUUCCAAUGUACGCAAAAGGUACGACUCUGCUGAUGCAGGUCUGCGAUGGGAGCGAAAACCAGAAGUGGAGGUACCUCGAGGGUGGACUGAUAAGACACUCGAGGAUCCCUGUGUGCAUGGACUCAAAGUAUCACGCGCAGCGCGGAAUCACUGCCGAAAAAUGCGACUCCAGUGUCGAGUCACAGCGGUGGCACCUUUACAACCACGGUCAUUAGCUUUUUACUCUACGAAAUUAAUAUAUAAGUAGACACUAACGUAAUUUAAAAUAAAUAUAUCGGUAAGCUAGCUGGUAAUUUAUAUUUAAUAAUUAUAUUAUUAUUAAUUUUAUUGUAAGAGGGCAGUUGUAAACUCGUGUAAAUUACUUUGGGUAAGUUAGUUUUUUUAAAAACACGUAUAAUUGAUAAAAAGAGGGUCUGUACAUGCGCUUAAUUUGUUUUACUUUUAAUUAUAUACUGAGGACAAAAAAACGAAAUCAAAAAAUUUUUUUAACAAAUUGACAUUCAAAUACAAAUAACUAAAGAGCUUUCAGGAAUUUUGAAAAAUUUAUAAGAGAUAAAUUGUAGGAAAUAAAAUUAUCUACAAAAAAGGUCUUAUAAUAUUUUGUGAUAGCUCUGAUGGUUUCGCGGGAAAAUUCAAAUAUUUUAAAAAUUUACCACGAAUUCAACUUUGAGUUCGAAUAACUUUUGAAAAAUUAAAUUUAUCAAAAAAUUAUUAGAGACCUUUUUUGUAGAGCGUUCAAUUUACAAUAAAAAAUAUAUGUUCACUUUUCUGAUAUAUUGAUUUGCUGACGAGUUAUUAAAUUCGAUAGUUUAAGGAAAAGUUUUCCAUGGAUAAUUUCCGUAUAAU